CGUGUUUUGGAUGGAGAAAAGCUCCCACGAUAUGCCUCUUUAUUGAAGAUAUUACCGAGGGACUAGGCCAAGAUUCAUAAAGACUACCUUUGAGCUCAUUCAUUUGGUAUAGAGAAGGCCUCCAAGCCCAUUCGCCAAAUCAUGGCUUCCCUCAUCAAAUUCGCAUCCGACGUGGCCAGCGGCCGCCAUGCGCUGUCGAAAUUCAUCCCCCUGGGACUCUGGUUCGCAGAUGCUAUUCUCUGUGGGCUGGUUAUCUGGAAAGUGCCAUACACUGAGAUUGACUGGACGGCGUACAUGGAGCAAGUCACGCAGUUUGUCAAUGGGGAGCGAGACUAUCCCAAGAUGGAGGGCGGCACAGGGCCGUUGGUGUAUCCGGCUGCUCAUGUGUAUAUUUACACGGGGCUGUACUAUCUGACUAACAAGGGGACGGACAUCUUUCUGGCGCAGCAGCUGUUUGCGGUCCUGUACAUGGCUACGUUGGGAGUGGUCAUGUUGAGCUACUGGAAGGCCAAGGUUCCGCCUUACAUCUUCCCACUACUGAUUCUGUCAAAACGGCUUCACAGUGUGUUUGUUCUGAGGUGCUUCAACGACUGUUUUGCAGCCUUCUUCUUAUGGCUCUGUAUCUACAGUUUCCAGAACAGAGCGUGGACCGUCGGUGCUCUGGCAUACACCCUUGGUCUGGGAGUCAAGAUGUCGUUACUUCUCGUCUUACCAGCCGUAGUCAUCAUCCUAUUCCUCGGCCGUGGAUUCAAAGGAGCACUGCGAUUGGUAUGGCUAAUGGCACAGGUUCAAUUGGUUCUUGCUAUUCCAUUCAUCACGACGAAUUGGGCUGGCUAUCUAGGCCGAGCUUUCGAGCUAUCGAGGCAGUUCAAGUUUGAAUGGACUGUCAAUUGGCGGAUGAUGGGUGAGGAGACGUUCCUCAGCCGGGGCUUCUCCAUCACACUACUGUCAUUCCAUGUCAUCACCCUCCUUGUAUUCAUCGCGGCUCGAUGGCUGAAGCUGCAAGAACGAUCCCUCCUUGGCAUCAUAACCUACGCCGUCCGAUUCCAGUCGCCCUUUACAGAGAAAGAAGAGGCCAAAAUCUCCAACAAGGUCGUCACGCCUCGAUACGUCCUUUCUACCAUCCUGUCGGCCAACGUGAUUGGUCUGCUAUUCGCCAGGUCUUUGCACUACCAGUUUUAUGCGUAUCUGGCAUGGGCAACUCCGUUUCUCUUGUGGACAGCGUAUCCGAACCUCUUGGUUGUGGUACCGCUGUGGUUGGCGCAGGAGUGGGCGUGGAACGUUUUCCCCAGCACCCCUCUCAGUUCAAGCGUCGUGGUGAGCGUCUUGGCCAUUACGGUUGCCGCGGCGUUUGUUGGCUCUAAAACGAAUUCAGCUUUGUACCAGCCCGGAGGAUCAGCAAAGCCAAAACAGUUGUAAUCGUGGGUUGUCGCAAUAGAAGCGCUGCUUCACUCUUCCUCUUCUUCCUCUUCGUCGUCGCUGGGCGGCAGCUUUCCAACAUUGGAAUCACUUUCCUCAUCGCUGAAUUCCUCAACCACUUUGGCAAACUCUUUCGGCCUAGAAUAUCUCAUUAAUAAAUUGCAUAAUACCGAAAUAGACAAGGCUUAUCCCAUACCAGUACGCCUGCUUUCGCCAUAGCUUCUCGUCUCGUACGACGUUUAUAAUUUCUCCAAUUGCUCUGCUGUCCUGGGUGCCCAC